AUGCCCGACAUGCACGCUGUCUUCAACUCUGCUUCACCACCUAAACUCGACCUCUCAAAUGCGCCCUCUCAGCUAUUCCAAGUCCCAGCCUCCACGGCUUCCACAUCCCUCUACUCUCUCUCGGUCAGUCGCAAGCGACCUCGUCGUAACACAGAGAAACUUUCGUCGCAUUUUGAGUCCAACUUCACCGGGUCCCCAAUGAUCCACCCCAACUACCGCUCGGUAAGCGGAGGCAAUGAUUUCCACGCUUCGGCCGAGCUAGAUUACCGUCCGAACCGAUACCGCGAAUCCUUCCUCCCACCUUCCUUCGAUUCCAGCGACGAGUCAGCAAACCUAGCAGACUACAACGGCAGUCGCAAGCGCAGCCGCCGCGACUCUUGUGUCAUAUCCGCAACCCCCGAUGGCCCCAACACCACAACACCGACAGGCUGGGGCCGGACCGUGAUCAAAGCCGUGAGCAAAGUCCUCGAUCUAUGCUGGACCGGCGCAUUCCGAGGAUUCUACGCAGGAGGAGGACAGGGCUACGACAUGUCAUCCAGCCCAGCAACAACCCUCGAAUCCAGCUGGCAGCCCUCAACAAGCCCAUCCACUGAGAAAGACAUGUACAGCCCGAAUACAUAUUACUCGACACCCGUACCCGGCCAAUAUCCAGACGACGAGAUCGAUCGAACCUGGGUUGUGGUACCCGAGAGUUCGGACCCAUUCGUGGGCAGCAGCGAGCUUGCCAGCCCAUCACUCCGCACACGACGUGCUUUCCAGGCGUCGAGUCCUCGCCGCAAAUCUGCUGUGAUGCCCCGGCUGGCUAAGCGAGUCGCUUAUUCUUCUGCUGCUAAGAUGCGCCGCAAGGAACGAGAAGAAGAUGCCAGUAUCCAGCGAUUGAAUAAGCAGUUGCAGGCGAUGAUCCGGGAAGGGAAGGAGGCGUUGGGAACGACGGUUAUAGUGGACGACGUGGACAUGUAUGAUGACUCCGAUUAG